GCUCAGACGACGGGCUCCAUUCCGCUCCCUUACCCUCCCUCCUCCAGGAAGAGGUGUCUGUCCCCUGCUAGUCUGAGGCUUGGCUCUUACGUCUGUCUGUGCAUAUCUGUCUCAUUGCAGAAGGCAGAUCUGGCCGUGGCCCCCCUGACCAUCACCCAUGUCCGCGAGAAGGCCAUCGACUUCUCCAAGCCCUUCAUGACACUCGGUGUGAGCAUCCUGUAUCGAAAACCCAAUGGCACCAACCCUAGUGUCUUCUCCUUCCUCAACCCGCUGUCCCCAGACAUCUGGAUGUACGUGCUGCUCGCCUACCUGGGUGUCAGCUGUGUCCUCUUUGUCAUUGCCAGGUUCAGCCCUUACGAGUGGUACGAUGCACAUCCCUGCAACCCUGGCUCCGAGGUGGUGGAAAACAACUUCACUCUGCUCAACAGCUUCUGGUUCGGCAUGGGGUCCUUGAUGCAGCAAGGGUCGGAACUGAUGCCCAAAGCCCUGUCCACGCGCAUCAUCGGCGGCAUCUGGUGGUUCUUCACGCUCAUCAUCAUCUCCUCCUAUACGGCCAACCUGGCCGCCUUUCUGACCGUGGAGCGCAUGGAAUCUCCCAUCGACUCUGCUGAUGACCUGGCCAAGCAAACCAAAAUCGAGUAUGGGGCUGUCAAAGACGGGGCCACCAUGACCUUCUUCAAGAAAUCCAAGAUCUCCACCUUUGAGAAGAUGUGGGCCUUCAUGAGCAGCAAGCCCUCGGCGUUGGUGAAGAACAACGAGGAAGGCAUCCAGAGGACCCUGACGGCCGACUAUGCGCUGCUCAUGGAGUCCACGACCAUCGAGUACGUCACCCAGAGGAACUGCAACCUUACCCAGAUCGGGGGCCUCAUCGAUUCCAAGGGCUACGGCAUUGGCACACCCAUGGGCUCCCCGUACCGGGACAAGAUCACCAUUGCCAUCCUGCAGCUGCAGGAGGAAGACAAGCUCCACAUCAUGAAGGAGAAGUGGUGGCGAGGCAGCGGGUGUCCCGAGGAGGAAAACAAAGAGGCCAGCGCCCUGGGCGUCCAGAAGAUCGGGGGCAUCUUCAUCGUCCUGGCCGCCGGGCUGGUCCUGUCCGUGCUGGUGGCCGUGGGCGAGUUUGUGUACAAGCUCCGCAAAACAGCGGAGCGAGAGCAGCGCUCCUUCUGCAGCACCGUAGCCGAUGAGAUCCGUUUCUCCCUCACCUGCCAGCGUCGGGUCAAGCACAAGCCGCAGCCUCCCAUGAUGGUCAAGACAGACGCUGUCAUCAACAUGCACACAUUCAACGAUCGCCGGCUUCCGGGCAAGGACAGCAUGGCCUGCAGCACACCAUUGGCCCCUGUAUUCCCCUAAGCACAGGUGGGGUGGGGACU